AUGCUGUGGCGACGUGCGCUUCGUGUGCCGCGCUCUGUGAGCACGCACAGCACUGCGGCACUGGACGGACGCAUAUUUCGAUCAUUUUGCAGAUCAUGUACGGCAUGCUUGCCGGAGCACGAUCCGAAUCCAUGGGACGAGCUCUUUGCCGGGCCGGAUGCAUACCCCACAACCACGCCCGCCAUUCGCAGCGUGCCCAGCACAGCCCAUGUCAAGAUGCCACGCUCGGUAUUGUACGCAGAAGAACGAAACAGGAAUAGUAAUACUGCCCCCCUCAAGCAUGACACGUCGGCGCUGACAAAAUCUGAAGCGCAGCAGUUCCGACGGAUCUUUGCGCUGCUGGAAACAGAGAUGGGCAAUGAUAUGACGCAGGCGCCGCCGCCCGAGCCGCUGCAUGCUUUUGCUGAGCACAACAAACUGCACAGAUCCAAGCUCACGACGCGUGGCGGCGGCGUCGGUACGCGGUUUGAAGCAGCGAAAGAAGGCCUCGCUGCCUCUCUGUCGCCCGAAUCGAUGGAGCUUGGUGUAGACGAGGUCUGGGUAGGUCUUCAGUCCCAGCCGACGCUGGGAGAUGUAUGGCGCUGGGCAGUAGAGCACGUGUGGGGAACCAAUGCCGCGUACGGCGUGCGCACCGCAUUCUUUGCCCCUGCAUUGCACAUGCUGCUCCUUACACUGCGCGACAAAUUUCAUGCACCGCACGCAGCAUUGUCCGUGACGAGCACUACACGGGCGCUAGGGCCAGAGGCUUACGUGCUUGGAUGUACAGCGUCAUUGUACGCUGAGGCAGCGCGCACCGCAUGGCUGUGCCUGCGUGACCCGUACAAAGUGCUUGCCAUUGCGCGCGAAGCGCGGCAAACCGGCGUGCUUUCCGGCGCGCUCGAUGCACAUACGCGCACAGAGGAUGCUGUGCUACGCGACUAUCUUGAACGCGUACGCAACGAGCUGCGCACGCACGCCUUGCAGCGUGCACAGGCACAGCGCGAGCCACGCGACCCAAGCACGCCGCUCGUCUUGGACGCUCUGCACCGCGAUUUCCUCCGAGUUGUAAAGGAGCUGCGCAGCGUGGCAGGGCACACUUCGCGCUACCCCAGUGCACGCCCGAAGCGCCCGCCGCGCCCAGUGCGGCAAAAAGGCGAGCGGCCCAAGCCCAUGGUGAUGCCAGUUGAUACACAAUCAUUACUACGCGCAAGAAAAAGACGAGAUGCAUAA